ACAUUUUAUAUACAGUACUGUUUAUAUUUUUAACCAUUUUUUAUACUAUUUUCUGAUAAUCAACAACAAUGUAUAACAUUUAUAUAUAAUUUGUAAUAAUAAACAAUUAUGUACUUUUAACUUUAUUAAAUUUUCAUUGCAGUUAAGCAACACACUUGAUGAAGAACCAACAGUAAAGGUCAAGAUAUCAGGGGAUGGGGCCAGGAUGUCGCACUCAAGCUCGCUGUUUGUUUGCUCAUUUUCGCUGCUUGAAGAGGGCCAAAAUAUUCUGUCCAGUUCAGGGAACCACACAAUUGCUGUAGUCAAGGGACCUGAAGACUACAGCACACUGUCAGAUGGUCUCAAGAAUGUCAUUGAUGCAGUCAACACCUUAAUAGAUGAUGGCUGCUUGUACAUUGAUGGUAAAAGAGUGAAUCUUCAUUUUCAUUUGGGAGGUGAUUACAAGUUCCUGUUACUUGCAAUGGGCAUGAAAGGGGCAACCUCAAACAAUUCUUGCAUCUGGUGUUUGAUACACAAAAAUGACAGGUGCAAGAUGUCAGUGGGUUCCACACACUACAAUUCAGAUGGCAUGAAAAGACACUUUGGACCAAGAUGGCAUAAAGAUCCAGGAUGUGAACACCAGCCCCUAUUUAAAAUUGCCCUUGAGGACAUUGUCAUAGAUGAGCUUCAUCUAAUGCUCAGAGUAACAGACCGACUGGAGAAAGGCAUCAUAUUCGAGGUCAUUGACUGGGAUGAGGUACGUAUAAUGAAGAAAUAGUAAGUCCAGACCAUUCAUGCUCACUCGUCCCGCCUGUAGUUUGGUUUGGAA